GGCGACGCUCAAGCCAAGGGAGCAUUUGUUCGGGACGAGGGAAACCGUGCCGUUAGGCGGACAGGCUGUGGGUUGUAACAGUUUGUACAGCUCGUUAAACCGGAUUCAAACGCAAGCGGAGGGUUUUAGUUUUUAAUCGUGCUGGUAAAGGAUUUGUUUAGAGUUUGCAUUUUAUUGAUAAUACCCCGCAACUCUGAAGUUUAACGAAGUGGAAGCGUUAAGUGUGGAAGGAAGAGGACUCGUUGGAUUCGCCUGUGGAUCCAUGCAGACUCGGUAUUUAACGUUACUGCUGUCCAAGCUCGCUAGCUUAGCUAACAUAUGUUAACGUUUAAGCCACUUUGUUAAAAACGGAUAAUUAAAGAAGCUACUUGUAAGGUAAUUAAAUUUUCCUGAAGGUCUGGAUAACAUUCUCAAAUUCACAGCUGCAGGCCUUAUAUUGAUGGGUGGAUACUGUGAGGCAACACACCAAGAGAACUGGAAAUCAUUCAGAAGAGACAGGAACUGUGAAAGAAUGAAGACAAGCUAGAUAUUGCUGUUUCCAAAGAGCUGUCAAAGACUAUAGUUCUGUUGGAAGUAUACACAUAUAACCAUUUGAACUAGCAAAUGUGUAACACAUAAUCAGAUAAACCUGAAAAGUAACUUGGCUGUUUGAAGCUCAACUUCAAAAGAACACCUUGACACAAAGUGAUCAAUAUGAGUGCUGAAGGAUAUCAGUACAGAGCGCUUUAUGACUACAAGAAGGAGAGGGAAGAGGACAUUAAUCUGCGUGUGGGGGAUAUACUGUUGGUAAGCAAAGGAUCCCUGGUGGCUCUUGGGUACACUGAUGGGCUGGAACAGAGGCCAGAGGACAUUGGCUGGCUGCCAGGCUUCAAUGAAACCACUCAGGAAAAAGGGGACUUCCCAGGGACAUAUGUCGAGUUCAUUGGAAAGAAGUGGAUGUCUCCCCCUACACCCAAGCCAAGGCCCCUCAGACCCUUACCUGUAGCUCCGGGCUCCUCCAAGGCGGAGACAGACUCCGACUCAGAGCAAGGCUUCUGUCUGCUGGACUUGACGGAGCAGUUUUCCCCUCCCGAAACCACUCCACCCAUGCUGGCCAGACUGCUGGAAGCUAUUGAGAGAAGAGGUCUUGAUAACCCCACUUUAUAUCGAACAUUUACUGCUGGUGGUGGACUUGAAGUCAGACAGUAUUUUGAUUGUGAUCCUCCUUCACCAGACCUGGAUCAGUUGGAACUUCCGGUCCUGUGUGAUGGUCUGCGCAGGUACCUGCAGGAUCUUCCCCAGCCCAUCAUCCCCACUGCAAUAUAUGCUCAGAUGGUCCACACUGCCAAAGAGGUGGUGAAUCCUGAGGAAUGUACCCAGCUGCUACGUUGCAUUGCCAGCACCCCGAGUCUGCCUCCCCAAUACUGGCUAACUCUCCACUGUCUGCUAAGGCAUUUCGCUAGAGUGUGCCAAAACAGCUCCAAGAACCUGCUCAGUGCCAGAGCCCUGGGCGAGAUCUUCAGCCCUGUGUUUUUCAGACAGCAGGCCACCAGUUGUGAACCCAGCUUGGAUGCUCACAUCAAGAUUAUUGAGGUUCUGGUGACCAGUGAAGGGAGUGAAAGUCAGGCAGCUCCAGCUCUACCUCCAAAGCCACCCAAGCCCACAUCUGUGACUAACAACGGUAUGAACAACAACAUGGCCCUACAAGACGCCGAAUGGUACUGGGGAGACAUCUCAAGGGAGGAGGUCAAUGAGAAACUGAGGGACACUGCGGAUGGUACGUUUUUGGUGCGAGACGCCUCCACAAAAAUGCACGGAGACUACACUCUGACUCUGAGGAAAGGAGGAAACAACAAGCUCAUUAAGAUAUUCCAUCGGGAUGGGAAGUACGGCUUCUCAGAUCCACUGACCUUCGGCUCUGUUGUUGAGCUAAUCAACCACUAUCGCAACGAGUCACUGGCGCAGUACAACCCCAAGCUAGACGUCAAGCUGCUGUAUCCAGUCUCCAAACACCAGCAGGAUCAGGUGGUGAAAGAAGACAACAUUGAAGCUGUGGGGAGGAAGCUCUGCGAGUACCACCAGCAGUACCAGGAGAAGAACAAAGAGUACGACCGUCUAUAUGAAGAAUACACCAGAACAUCACAAGAAAUCCAAAUGAAAAGGACGGCUAUAGAAGCAUUUAAUGAAACUAUAAAGAUAUUUGAGGAGCAAUGUCAAACACAAGAGCGGUACAGCAAGGAGUAUAUUGAGAAAUUCAGGAGAGAAGGCAACGACAAGGAGAUCCAGAGGAUCAUGGGCAACUACGAGAAGUUGAAGUCCCGGAUUAGUGAAAUCGUAGACAGCAAGCGCCGACUGGAGGAAGAUCUGAAGAAACAGGCGGCAGACUACAGAGAGAUUGACAAGAGGAUGAACAGCAUCAAGCCCGACCUCAUCCAGCUCCGCAAGACCAGAGACCAGUAUCUCAUGUGGUUGACCCAGAAGGGCGUCAGACAGAAGAAACUCAACGAGUGGCUCGGUAUCAAGAACGACAACACAGAAGAUCAAUAUUCUAUGGUGGACGAUGAUGAAGAUCUUCCUCAUCAUGACGAGCGGUCCUGGAAGCUGGGCAACAUCAAUCGAAUACAGGCGGAGGCUCUCCUCCAGGGCAAGAGAGACGGAACAUUCCUGGUUCGAGACAGCAGCAAAGCCGGAUGCUACGCCUGCAGCGUUGUUGUGGACGGCGAGGUGAAGCACUGCGUCAUCAACAAGACACCCUCAGGUUACGGCUUCGCCGAGCCGUACAACCUGUACAGCUCGUUAAAAGAACUCGUACUUCACUACCAGCACACGUCUUUGGUCCAGCACAAUGACUCUCUGAAUGUGACGCUAGCAUACCCUGUCUAUGCCCAGCAGAGGCGGUGAGGACCCAGAUGUACCCACAUGGACACAAGAAAAGGCCUCAUGGGAGCUAGAGAUACACGUCCUCGGACUCCACGAUUUAAAAAGAGGCUGUUUGCUGAACUCAAACUUGAAAUCAGAGGAAAAGACGCAAUAAAGCCUGAAACAUUUCAGUGACUUUGCUUGACCACGAGCCUAAGGCGAGUCUGAAUGUAGAUUUCUUUCUCUUUUGCUUUUUGUGGGAGCACAGAAUCAAGCGGAAAAUGCUGAACUCUCCCCCAGCAGAGGACAUUUGAGGCCUUUUCCUAACGGUGCUUGUUCUUUUUCAAAGCUUUACCAGCCGGGAAUGUCUAAUCGCAGCAGAAACUCUUCAAAUGGAACUGCACCCACCGGCCACAACUUUGUUUUUCCACUUUUGUUUAUUUUCCUUUCAUGUCAUCUACGUGUGUGUUUCUGCACAAGUGUUUCUGUGUAUGUGGCUGUGAGUGAGUGUGUGAUUGUCCAUGUGACCAAAACUCAUAGAAUCAGGAAACUGUGUGACGUUGGGGGGCUGUGUAACACAUUUGCGUGUUAACUGUUCGGUAGCAGACCGUGGGUCAGCUAAUAAAUGUAGCAAAAUGGCACUUUUUAAACAAAGUUUUAAUUUUUUUGGAAAGACUCCUAUGGACUUUUAUCAGAAGAGCAGAGAGGACAAGAUGUCUGCAUCCUGCCUUCUUACUGUUAAGCAUUAUAGUGCAAAAGUAAACUUGAUCUUUACUGUUGGCAGGUGAAACUGUGGACUUACUUCAUGUACAUAUGUGAAAAUGUGCAAAGUCAUGAAUCAAAGUGCACCAUACCAAAAAGGAUCAGUUCAUGUUUAGUUCUAUUCUGAUCUGCUAUGCAAUUCUUUCUCCAUUAUUUCUUCAGAAUUGUUUUAUUCUGUUGCAACCGACAAUAUAAGCUUGUUUUAUUGCUUGAAAAGUAUCUUUUCCUGUGUAAAUAUCCAAGAGGAUAUUUUGUGUCAAAAUGCCAAGAAAAAAAACUGCUUAUGAUUUUUAAAGAUAAUAAUAGCAACAUACACUUUAUUAUAAAGUACUUUAACACCUGGUAAAGAUGGAAAAGAUGAGUAUUAUUAGUAUUAUUUCUUUUUGCUUCAAACUAAUGUUCUCAGGCAGAGCCUUUUGAGUAUUUGAGCUGCUUCAGUCACAAGUACUAUUUCUUACAGAGCUAAGCAUUCAUGCAGUUCUUUGUUGAGACAGACAAAGAUAGUUUGAGGACUCAGAGACUGGGAUGAUGGGAUUGUACAACCCUCAUCAAUCAUCACCAUGAAAACAACAUAAGAUUUAUUUUGUUAUAAAAUAUAUAUAUAUGUUCCCACAUGAGAAUAUCAAAAGCAGACUGGUGUUUUCAACUGAUGGAUAUUGUCAUUAAAGAUCAAUAUACGUUGUCCACUUAGUAUUUUUCUGUAUCAGAAAAUCACUGUUUACAUAGGUGGAUUAGCUCAUUUCAGAUCUGUCUGUAAUUUCAUAUUUCAAAAGGACAACAUGUUCCAGUGGAAUCCGUGACAGAAAAAUGUAGCCACAACUGAACUACAUUUUCUUUCCCCAUCUUUAUUCUAGCUUCUUACAAACUCAUGAUUCAAGUGAUUGGUACAUGUGUAAACCCAGUGGACUGGUAAUAAUUAUCAGGAAAUAUUUUAAAUAAAGCAUUUUGAGUGUCAAACCACCAAAACUAGCAAUUUGUCUCCCUCGUUAAGUAAUUGACGUGAAAAACAACAAAUUAGAUAACGCAAAUGACAAAAUGUCUGCCAUUAAAUUCUUUAGAUGUGAUUUUAUUUUUUUUUUUUUUAAAUCCCCACUCCAAAAAUGUACUCAUGGUCAGUACAGCUGUCAAACUGUUAAAUAUAUCUUUGUAUAACGAAUUAGUUGUAAAAACCUUAACCCAAUGUAAUUUUGAUUGCUUCCAUUUAAGUCAAAUUUGACUCUUAAUUCUCUCCAUCUUUGGCACAACUUCUCUUUGUGGGGGGGAAAAGGUCUAUAUGUGUAUAAACAGGCUUACAACAACAGCUAAGCCUCCACUUGUCACUUCCCAUUAAAAGAAAUGCAGAUAAUAAAUGAUACAUUUGAUAUGUUUUGAGAGAAAUGCUGCAUAUGACCACAGAUUUUUUAGUUUCUUGCAUAUUAUUCUUUCUCAUAUUAUUCUUUUUGUGGGUGUCCCCAGACAUGAUGAUUGGAUUGAGAUUUACCAGUGUUGCCCAGUUUUGCUUCAAAUCUGUAUUGGGCUUUGUUAACAAGGAAAUAAAACACUUCAUUUUAAGAAACAA